AUGGCAGAUAAAAGUCCCAGUGAUGAAUCGGUCUCCACAGAUGCACCGACCAGUCCGUCUAAAGGCAGGACCGUAGAUGCACCGACAAGUCCAACGGGAAGCACUGCAUCGGCCAGCUCGUCCAGUUGGUGGGGCUCGUGGAUAGACACGGCACGUACAAAGUCUGCAUCGGUUCUGGAGGCGGUUAAAAAUGAUUUGACAGAACUAACGACGGUCGUUAAGACGGAAGCAUCGAGCGCUACCGAAGCACUCGGUCGUUCGCUUAGUCUGGGCGAACCGGAUUCGGCCGUCGGUGUGAUGAAGAAAAGUUUCAGCAGCUUCCUGGGCCAGGUCACCGAGGCACUGGUGCCGUCGCUCGAGGAGGACGAAGAAACCGAAGCCGUACUGAUAACGGCCGACGGUACGCUCACGCUGACCGGUUUCUACAAGCAUCUGGCCGAGAUGCAGGCAAACAACGAUACGUAUCUGGAGGAACCGGCCGAUGAGCUGCGGGAAAAGUACAAGCGCUGGAUGGAGGUUGUCGAGCAGGAACAGUUUACUGAGCCACGGCUAGCGAAGCAUCUCGCUAGCAGUACGAUACUGAACGAGAAAUACGUCACACUGGUGCCUGCCAAAGUUGCUCACAUGAAUUUCUGGAAACGAUAUCUCUUUAAAAAAGCCUUGCUCGAGGAUGCGAUUGCGAAUGCGGAAUUGGCCGAGCGGAAAGCGAAAGCUGCGCUCAACUCUACGGAAACGUGUGCACCAAACAAAGCGAUCGUACAAACCGAUCAACCUAGACGAACGAUCGAAGAAGCAACCGAACCGGACGCCGAAACGCCUUCGUACCCAAUCUCGGAUGAUCUUGCUUGGACGGAAGUGCCCGAAUUCGACGCAACGAACAUUGAACUAUCGGAGGAAGAACAGGCCCGAUUGCUGGAAGAGUACGAGCAGGAGAUACGGGAACGUGAAAAAACCCUCACGACCAGUGUCGGCAAACUCGACAUCGUUGACGAAUCCUUACUAGUUCAAUCGGACAUCGAAGGCACACCGCAAAAAACACCGAAAGCAUCCGCCCAAGCAACAGCUGAAGGUCCUAAAGGCAAAUCCACGUCCACGGUGGCAGCUGCAAAGAAGGAAUCGAAAGCGUUGAGCAACCAAAAGGCAAACACACAGCAGCCAAACAAAUCCGGUUCGCAGCAGCAACCGGGCGGUAAGGGGUCGAACAGCAACGCUGGUAAGAAUGUAAAUAACAAAAACCAGCAACAACAACAACAACAGCAGACGGGUAAGAAGGGCGCACAACAGCAAACCGGUGGCAAAAAGAAGGAUCAGCUCAAGAUGGACAAGAACCACUUCUCGAAGGAGGCGGAAGCGUCAUCCUCCAACUCGGACGAAAGCUGGGAGAAGGAGUUCGAGCUGGAAUGA